UGUAUAAUGUAUACCUGGCCUUGCUUUAUUCUUAUUCCCGCUAUAUUUUAGGGCCUACAUGACUUUACAAACGAAAUGACUAUAAAUCUGUAAGUUCUAUACUCAAUCUUUAAUCAACUGUACCGGAGCUCUCUAGUUGUAAAAAUGGCAAGGAACUUUGGCCCUCUUAUCUGCAUCAUGAUCAUGAUUAUGGAUGUCGUCGCCGGGAUACUUGGGAUUCAGGCUGAAAUAGCUCAAAACAAGGUAAAAAGUCUGAGGAUGUGGAUUUUCGAGUGUAGAGACCCGAGCUAUCAAGCGUACAAGUUAGGAAUGGCUGCAGCCGUGCUUUUGGCCUUUUCUCAUGUCAUUGCCAACUUGCUUGGCGGAUGCAUUUGCUUCUGGUCCAGAGCAGAAUAUGAAAGAGCAACUGCAAACAAGCAAUUAGCUGUUGGCUCUCUCAUUCUGUCAUGGAUUGUUUUGGGUGCUGCGUUUUCAUUGCUGAUGAUAGGAACAUUGGCAAAUUCAAAGUCGAGAAAAUCAUGCGGGCUUGCCCACCAUCGCUUUUUCUCAAUUGGUGGGAUUUUAUGUUUCAUUCAUGGACUCGUUACCGUAGCAUAUUACAUUUCAGCGGCAGCCACAAUCAGAGAAGAAAAGAAAAGCCGGCAAGACCAGACCACGCCCUCUGCUUGACUGUUUAUUUUGUUUCUCUUUUCUUCAAAUUCUUUGAAUGAUUCCAUAUGGUGACAUUCAACAAAUGUAACGUUAGUGAGAUCAUUAUAGCCUUUCAUUUGUGUGGACAUGAGAGGAAUCAUUGCUUUCAAAGAUAUUAUUUUGCAUUCGUACUACUACCUAAUGGAUAUUUUCUUUUAACUUUUUUCAAUUAUUUAUGAAUUGGGAGU